AUGAAUCUUCAAGCUCUGCGGAAAGCGGCUGAGGAUGGUGAUUUGCAGUCCAUGGCGCGGAUGGAUCUGCGAUUGCAGGGGGCUCUGGAAGAGGACGAAGCCUUCCGAAAUGUGGGAGGCACUGACUUCCAAAACCCCAAAGCAAAAGCUGCGUUGCGACUCUAUCAGGACUCCGUCACCAUGGGCAGAAGAAAUGGCAACAUCGAUCGAGAAGCCUUUCAGGCGGUGAUGCACGACGAUCCUGAAAGCCUCAGGCAAUUGAUCAGCCUGGGCUUGGACAUUGAAGGUACGCGCAACGCUGGAGGACACAGCUUGUUGCAACUGGCGCAAGAGCGUGGCAAAGAUCAGUGUGCUCAGGUGUUGCUGCGCGAGGGUGCGAAGGUCCCAGAACUGGAGGGGGACUACUGCAAGGUCUGCGUCCGAUGGUGUGAGAUGCUCCUAGUGCUUCUUCCAGGGACCAUUGAUGAGCAGCCCAGGGAUGUGGCUCCUCUCAUGGAGCUGGCCGCCAAAGCAGAUAGCAAGCUGCGCGCCUGCGUGCGCAAAGGUUCAGCUUGGCCUUCCUUGGCCCCACGAGCGAAAGAGGUGCGCGAGUCCGUGACUCUGAGGGUGGCCGGCACCAAGUUGGAAGAGUUGGAGGGGAUUUGUGCUGCAGAUGUGAAUGUAUCGCUGGCUUUGAAGCUGCUGGGCGAAUAUGCCGAGCUGCGCCAAUCGGCGGGCGGUCUCGGUGAUUCCAAGUCGCCAGAGGCUGAAAAACUCCGAGGUUGCAUCGCGAAGUUGGGUGAGAUCAUCCAGAGCGCCUUUGAACAGUCCAUCGAGACGGGCGACACGGGCGGGAUGCAGCGCUUGCUGAGCGCCGCCAAGGAAUUAGAGGAAGGGCAAAAAAAGUGUCUUCAGGGGGAUGGCGGAUUGGCUAUCGCCAAGAGCCUGGAACAAAGGAAGGCGGGCAUCACCUUGAAAAGCAUCCUGGGCAAUGCCGAACGCCACGUGGGCACUGAAUCCAAGGAGCUUCAUCGGCUCUUCCUGGAAGCAGAGGCGGCCUUCAAGAAAAUCGACGCGGAACACUUAGACAAACUGGCCACCGGCGCUCGGUGGCGAUUUCGCCUCGCCUCAGGGAAGUUCAAGGACUACUCCGAAGAGAAGACCCGAGAGGUUGAGGAGUUGUACCAAAAGUGGUGCAAGAAGGGAAAGCCCAGUGGCAAGCAGGACUGUCGCUUCGAAAUUACCAUCCAGGUGAAAAGUGGCCCUCCGACUGUUUGGGCGACACAGCUGACGGAGCAGUUUCCAAAGAGUUUGCCAAAACCGACGAUGCGUUCGUUGUGCCGUCACGUGGGCCGCGGGGCGCCAGUGACCCGGCGUUCGUUGUGCGUUUGGUCCAAGGUGUGGGUGGCCCCAACGAGAAAGCUCCUUCAGCCGCUGCCACUAUGGCGCCGAGCAUUUUCUGGGCUGACCAGGGCGCAGUCGGUGGAGGGCGAGGAAAACCAAAAGGACUACUACGAUAAGUCGUCACACUACGAUGUGAUCUUCAAGAGUGACAACAUCCGCCUGGGAUAUUUUCCUCAUCUGGCGCCCAACGCCUCUCCAGGAUCGGUGCCACUUGAUAUCACCCAGAGUGGCUUUGCUCUUACAGAUCACAUGCUGAAGUUGAUGAAGUGCAACAGUGAAUCUCGUGUGUUGGACAUGGGUUGCGGCAAAGGCCAAGCCUGUGUAGACGUGGCGCGACAGAGUGGUGCAGCGGUCACAGGGGUGGACCUGUCGACCAGCAACAUCCAACGUGCCAAGGAGCUGCAGCACGAGCAUCAAGAUCUGCGGUUGAAGUUUUUGGAAGGUUCCAUCACCACGUUGCCGAAAGAGAUCAAGGUCACUCCGUUCACACACAUCAUGUCAGUUCAAGCCUGGGUCCACGUCCAUGCAGCCUUGGACGUGGUGUUGGCAGAGGCCCACAGUGUUCUAGAACCUGGUGGUCUCGUCUGUGUGGAAGACUUCUGUUCCAAUGAUUCGGGGGUGAUCUCGGAUCAAGCCCUCAGGCACUUCUACAAGCGGCUGCACUUUGACCUGGUCAUGGGCCCCAGAGCAUGGCAUGAAAGGGCUGAGGCUGCUGGCUUUCAGGUGGUGCACUGGGAGAAUCUACGAGACCACAUGGCCGAGAGCUAUCGGCUGAUGGCGGCCAGUGCUGCUGAGCAUGGCCUCACGAGCGCGGAUGGCUGCAGUUUGCAGCUAAACUAUUUGAACUCCAUGGACAUCGUACAGAAAGGCGAAGCCACAAUGAUCUUGGCGGUUUUAAAGCGCCUUUAG